UUACUUGAGUUUGGAGUGAUUUUCCCAAUCACUGUCCACAUAAUAGAAUAAAUAACAAAACAAUUCUAAUUAUUAACUGUCAUCAGCGGUCCUAACUCCUAAAAACUAACUACAAAUAUGGACUGCCCCAAAAUUACACCCCAAAACUCGGGCAAGGAAAAGGUCAUAAGGGCUUAGUUUGUGGGUCAAAAUUAAGCUUGCAGGUUGCCCCAACAAUCUCUCCUCUCCUUGCAUCUAUCGGUCAGAAACUUAAUUAGAAGCAGCCUCACCCCUAUAUAAUAAGCUCUUCUUUCCCUCUUGUUCCUCAGCCUAGCUCCCAGAGUCCCCAUAGUCAUUCAUUUGCAUAUUCCUCUUCUGCUGCUGCUGCCGCUGCUGUUGCUCCACUGCACCUCACCUCGCCCGGCCUCGCCUAUUGGUUGUUACAUCCUGCAACAAACAUGGGAGGCUGUGUGAGCAGACCUAAGGAUCUGGAUACCAAGGCAAAGGCUGCCCGCGCGCCUGCCCCCAUCCCGGUUGAGGAUGCCACCAGCAGCCCCAAGAAGCCCCAGGGCGAGACCCUACCCCAAGUGCAGGAAGAGAAUGGAGGGGAGGAGACUAAGAAGGAAGAGCCUCUUCCUCUGGUAGAUGUCUCUGAACCUACAAGCAGGGAGGCUGCCGAGAGCGAUUCAAAGGCUGCAGCUGCUGAAGAGAAAGAGGAGGAGGAGCCUAAGCCUAAAGAAGAACAGGCUGCUGCUGCUGCUGCUGCAGAGGAAACCAAGCUGCUGGUGCUGGAGGUUGUUGAAGAGAAGAAACCAAUGGAGGAAUCAGAUGCUGCUGCCCAAAGCUCAUCAUCAUCAUCAUCAGAAGACAAGGGUGAUGAUGCACCACCACUUGUUACCACAACCCAUAAGCAAGAUGAAGCACAGCAAGCAGAUCAUCAGCUAAUUAAUUAACUCUAAACUACAUUUGUGCCAGAAGAAAUGAUGGGUUUCAUUAUUUAUUGUUUGAUUCUUGGCGCUCAUGCAGUGCACGAGUAGUCUGCAACCAAUAAAGAUUAAAAAAAAAAAAAACCAUUUCAACUUCAUUUAUAGAACGUUAUCUUGUGCAUCUCAUCUCUGUUGACUUGAUCAUUUCUGCAACAUUCCAGCUGUUAUUACUAUAUAUAGUAGAAACAAGAAGUUGAA